AUGGCUUGUAGAAUAGUAGAUAGAGUCAAUGAUUCCACCGCAGCAUUUGUCCCUGAUACGACGAAAAGUGUCAUCUCCCGGGCAAAAGAAGAUCGGCACAGCCUCAAUUUACUGUAUAAUCAACUGAAGCUCCAGAUUGAGAAAAAAGAGGCCGACGACGCGUCGCAAGCACAGGAGAGGAGGAAUAUGAACAGCAAUUUUACAGAACAAAUGGAAGAACUGAAGAUUGCUCAUGAGGCUGUUAAAGCUGAGAAAGAGUGGCUCCGAAGCGUUGUUGAUAUGUGCAACGAAAAAGUAGAUUUGCUCGAGGCAGAACUGGAGAAUGAGCAAGCGCUUGGACAUGAAGCUGUACAACUACUGGAAAAGGCUAAGGCUGAAAAACGUACUCUGAUGAAAGAAGUAGAGCAAUUGCAGUUAAAACUCACUGAUGCAACCCGCGAGCGUAAAGCCGCAGAGAUCAAAGUAGAGAUGCUUGAAUCUAAAGGGUCUUCUGCCAAUGCCAAGAAAUCUAACUUGUCUACCACCGAUGGUCACAACCCUGACAGCAACGAGAAGACACCCCAGCUUGGCCAAAAGCGAAAGGCCAGGAAGACCAGAAUGGAAAAGAUCAGUGCCGACGAAGACACCGAGAUGCGAAUUGGAUCACCACCAUCACCCACACCCAUCCGCUUAAUGGCACAAUACAACGAGACAUCGUCCGAUGAACUGAAAAGCAAGAUGUUGAAUGAUCUGAAGGCAAUGGCACGUGAGAGAGAUGACGCAAAGGAAAUGUUACAAAAUACAAUGAACGAGUUAGAACAACAAAAAGUCGCUAUUGAUCAUCUCAACAAAGAGUUGAAGGUUGUCGAUUACUUGUAUCAUUGA